AUGGAGGAAAUAGCGGUGGUUGACGAUCUGCCAGAGAACGAGUGUGAGCAGAUUUUCGAGACCACUCAUAGCCGUACCCCAGACGGCCGUUAUAUGGUACAGUUACCCUUGCGGCGAGAGGCAACGGAACUGGGUGGCUCGUACACACUGGCAUUACAGCAAUUUCAUAGGCUAGAGCGUCGUAAGGUUGCGGAUCCAGUCCUUAGAGAAAACUACAUUUCAUUUAUGAGAGAGUAUGCAGCAAUUGAUCACAUGGAGAUAGUACAACCACCUUAUAAUCACACAAAUUGCUACUACAUUCCUCAUCAUGCGGUCACAGCAAAGUUUCGCGUGGUGUUCAACGCUUCGGCACCUACCAGCACUGGAAUCUCACUGAACGAUGUUCAACUGGUAGGUCCAACGCUUCAGGAUUUGUUAAGUGGUAUACUUUUACGUUUUCGUCGCUAUCGAGUGGCGAUAACUGCGGAUAUCGAGAAGAUGUUCAGGCAAGUGCUGGUUGCACCUGAACAUCGCGACUAUCAAUGA